AUGAAUAUUGAGAGUAAUCGUCGCCAGCCGGAGCCUCUCCAGCUCGCCGACCUCCGCUCGGAUCUAAUACGCCAAGAGGAGACCGUCAUUUUUGCCCUCAUCGAACGAGCUCAACACAAGCAGAAUCUGAGUAACUACACCUUAUGUGAGGAGAUCGGCAGUUGUUCGAAAUUGGACUAUUUCCUUACCGAGACUGAAAAGCUCCACUCGAGAUUCAGAAGAUAUGACAUGCUCGAGGAGCCCUUUACUAAUCCCAAAUUGUUGCCGGCUCCACUGUUCACGGAGAUUGACGACACUCCUCAGCGCAUCGUGCCCAAUACCAUCAAUGCCAACACCCGUUUGAAAUCGUUUUAUAUCAAGAAUGUUAUCCCUCUGGUAUGUCCAGCUGGAGAGGACAAGUCGUCGGCUUCUUUAGGUGCAUCUGUGGUGAGGGAUGUUACCGCCCUGCAGGCGAUGAGUAGAAGAAUACACUAUGGGAAAAUGGUGGCUGAGGCGAAGUUUCAGGCCCAUAGGGAACUGUAUUCGGAACUCAUCCGCCAACAAGAUGCUGAUGGGCUUAUGGAUCUCCUCACUGAUUCAGCAGUUGAGGAAAAGCUACUGCGGAGGGUUAGGGAGAAGGCACGGGCGUAUGGUCGGGAUAUCCAGACAGGUCAGCUCGAUGAGUUAUGGCGUGUGGAGGCGGAUGAGUGUGCCUCGUUGAAGGUUGACCCUGAUACUGUCGUAUUGGCCUAUAGAGACCUUAUGAUCCCUUUGACUAAGGAAGUCCAGGUUGCAUAUCUCCUUAGGAGGUUGGAUUCAGUAGUGAUAGCAGUGACGACGGGAUGGGCUAGAGUAGCUGCGGUGGAGUACACCAUGGGUCAACCACUAAACAGCAGUCCGAAGGCUACUGGCCAUGCCAUGCGGCCUCAAUUGAAGGUUCACGACUCGGUGAAGUGUGUUUUUGAUGACGUAGCUAGUAGCGCGGUUAGCUUUGGGGUGGUUCCCCUGGAUAGUUCGAUAACAGGUGUGGAUAUACAAACACUGGGAGCUCUUAUUGACAGUCAUAGGCCUAGUGGAGCCAACCUCGUCGUAUGCGACCAGAUCACUUUACAGCCUAGUUACACAGUGAUAUCUCUACCCAAGUCGGGCAGGCCGGUGCCUUUGACCAAGGCUUCUACGGUCAUUACUACGUCGUUAACCUCCAAGUACUGCAGAGCGCAGAUUUCAGAGGUGCCGGGUAUAAAACUCCAACUGAGUGAUACCUAUUUUGAAGCUGUCGAAAAGCUCAUCGAGAUCGUCGAAGAGGACCCCAAGGCUGUCGCGGUCAUCCCUACGCCUUACCUGUAUGAAAUGAUGGAAAAUUAUGACAAGGAUUUCAAAUCGAUAAACAUCCCCAAUUCUGAGCUAGACCAAGUGAAACUACAGUUUGGAAUUUUGCGUCGUCCACUUGCAAACCCAUCGGCUACUGGAUCUGACCGUACUCUGAUAGCAUUCAAUGUUAACCACAAGCACGGCUCACUCAUGGGGGCUCUGGACUGCUUUAGAUCAUCACAAGUGAAUUUGUCAAGUCUUCAUUCAUUCCCUGCCAGCACGGGUUUUGACUUCGUGGCAAUUGCUGAUGGCCAUCCCGAUGAUAAGCAAACGCAAGAUGCAUUGGCGCUUCUGACCGGCAGUAGGGGAGGCGAACAUGAAGAGGAUAAACCCAACUGGGCGAAGGUCCUGGGCUGUUUCCACGUGAAUGAAGAGAAUCGAUGA